GCUCUGUGAUCCAGCUGAAUUGAUUUUCAAGCCCUAAUUCCUUAAUUUUGGAUCCCACUCUACUGAUUCGAACAAGAUACAUAAUCAUCCAGCAUCCAGCACCCAGCACCAGGGCUCCUUCUACAUUUUGUGUUUUUUUGGGGUUCACUGGGGAUUUCAGUUUUAUGGCUUCCAAUCAUCCCUCUGGAGGACGCCAAUCAGGUGUCACCAAUGGUGCUCUAUUCAAGGAAUUAUGGCAUGCUUGUGCUGGACCUCUCGUCACUCUUCCUCGUGAAGGAGAGCGAGUUUAUUACUUUCCACAAGGACACAUGGAACAACUGGAGGCAUCAACGCAUCAGGGGUUAGAGCAGCAUAUGCCUUCAUUCAAUCUCCCAUCUAAAAUACUGUGUAAAGUGGUUAACAUUCAGCGUAGGGCCGAAUCUGAAACAGAUGAAGUUUAUGCGCAGAUAACUUUGCUUCCUGAAGCUGAUCAAAGUGAGAUAGCAAGCCCAGAUCCUCCACUUUCAGAACCCGAAAAGUGCAUCGUGCAUUCAUUUUGCAAGACUCUUACUGCUUCUGACACAAGUACCCAUGGUGGCUUCUCUGUUUUGCGACGUCAUGCAGAUGAUUGUUUGCCACCACUGGAUAUGUCUCAGCAGCCACCUUGGCAGGAAUUGGUUGCAACUGAUCUGCAUGGCAAUGAAUGGCAUUUUCGGCAUAUUUUUCGAGGGCAACCCAGGCGUCACUUACUAACAACUGGGUGGAGUGUCUUUGUUAGUACCAAAAAAUUGGUAGCUGGUGAUGCAUUCAUAUUCCUGAGGAGUGAAAAUGGAGAGCUGCGUGUUGGAGUACGCAGGCUCAUGAGACAGCAGGCAAAUAUGCCGUCUUCUGUUAUAUCUAGUCACAGCAUGCAUCUUGGGGUGCUUGCCACUGCAUCUCAUGCCAUUGCAACUCGAAGUCUCUUCUCUGUCUUCUACAAGCCAAGGACAAGUCGGUCGGAGUUCAUUGUUAGUGUCAACAAAUAUCUUGAAGCUUGUAGCCACAAGAUUUCUGUUGGUAUGAGGUUCAAGAUGAGAUUUGAGGGUGAAGAAGUUCCUGAAAGAAGGUUUAGUGGCACUAUUGUUGGUUUUGGGGAUAAUAAUGCAUCUGGAUGGGCUGACUCUGAGUGGAGAACUCUAAAGGUUCAGUGGGAUGAACCUUCAUCGAUUGUACGUCCAGAAAGAGUGUCUGCAUGGGAAUUGGAGCCUCUGGCUGCAACUAAUACUGCUUCAACUUCACAAUCUGCACAGAGGAACAAGCGAGCACGACCACCUGUUUUACCUACACCAACUACAGACCUUUCUGCACUUGGAAUGUGGAAGUCUUCACCUGAAUUUCCUGCUUUAUCAAACUGCGACUCUCAGCGAGGACAGGACCUCUAUCCAUCACCUAAAUUCUCCCAUGCUGCAAAGGCUAACUCCAUAGGUUUUAGUGGGGAUGGAGGAUUGCCUGUGGUGUCUAGCAGCUCCAUGUAUUGGUCUACCCGUGUUGAAAGUGUAAAAGAGUCUUUUGUACCUUUUGUUAACAAAGAAACUAGUGCAAGGCAUCAGGGCACUGGGAAUGGAUACAGGCUUUUUGGCAUUCAAUUACUUAACAAUAAUAACUGUGAUGAAGUUUCACAAAUGGUUGCAAUCACUGCAGCUGAUGACCAGCCAGAUGCUGACACUGACCAGAACUCUGAACCAUCAAAUCUAAAUCGAUCUGAUUUUCCUUCUGUAAGUUGUGAUCUGGAGAAGUCAUACCAACGAUCUCCUCAGGAGUCACAAAGCAGACAAAUUCGAAGCUGCACAAAGGUGCAUAUGCAAGGUAUGGCCGUUGGAAGAGGUGUCGAUUUGACAAGAUUUGAUUGUUAUGAGGACUUGCUAAAAAAAUUUGAGGAGAUGUUUGAUAUUGAAGGUCAGCUUUGUGGAUCCACUAAGAAAUGGCAGGUUGUUUACACUGAUGAUGAAGAUGACAUCAUGAUGGUCGGGGAUGAUCCAUGGCAUGAGUUUUGCAGCAUGGUGAGGAAGAUUUUUAUCUAUACUCCAGAGGAAGCAAAAAAAUUGUCACCCAAGAUACAACUUGUAGUUAACGAUGAGAUGAAAUUAACCAAGCAUGACACUGACACAGCAGUCAACACUGAAGACCGGUUGUCGGUUGUUGGUCCUGGGUGCUAAUGUAUCCCAGGCCUCUGGUCAUGGAGUAAACUGUUAGAGGGAAAGCAUGGAAGGGAAUGAAGGAAGAGCAACAUUGGCGAACAGAAAAGGCAUAAAAUGUGCUGGAUGGGGAGUUAAGAGUGUUGAUAUGUUAUUAUAUAUUUUGUUUUACAAGGUGAACGUGAUGGCGCUUUUGCCUGUUUGGAUUUGGAAUAGGCAUAAAAUGUUUUCCCACUCUGAUUCAAGCUCAGUCUUCUUUUUUUAUUUUUUUUACACGAUGUGGUACAAUUGUAUUUUGUAUGUAUAUAUAUAUAUAGAGAGAGAGAGAGAGAG